GGCACUUAUCCAGAAUAAGCUUAUCGAUAAGGAACUUUGGUCAAGAGCGCCAAGACUUCCAUCCCCAAAACUUUUCUUUCCGCACAGCGAACUAGCCAUCUUCACCUCACUCCUUCAGCAGAAGAAAAGGGCACUAUGAUGUUGAGAGAAGUAAAGCCCAAGACCGCCCGUGCGGCACGCAUUCUCAAGGCCCGAGAACCGCAGCUCAUCGAGCCCGCGAAGCGCACUCUUUUGCUACAUGGCACGAAAUGUCCUACUCCUCUACACACUGUUCUGAAGACUAUCCAUGGACUUACCCAGCCUAAUUCGAUCCUGUUUCAUAAGAAGAAUGAGAAUAUCCACCCAUUUGAGAAUGUGGAGAGCCUCGAAUUCCUUGCCAACAAGAACGAGUGUGGUGUCGUGGUCUUUGGGAGCAGUAGCAAGAAGCGUCCCAACUGUGUGACGAUUGCGAGAAUAUUCAAUGCGAAAAUUUUGGAUAUGUGUGAACUGAUGCUGCUGCCGCCGCAAGAUGAGGGCGCUGUCCCGCCUCCAAAUGCCUUGAAGAUGAACAUCGGUGUCGGACUGAAGCCCAUGAUGCUGUUCGCUGGUAGCGCCUGGGAGGAUUCGACUGCCGCCAACUACGCGAUGGUGAAGAGCAUGCUGCUGGAUAUUUUCAGAGGAGAGGAAACGGACAAGAUCGAUGUGGAGGGUUUGCAGUACAUCUUGAUGGUUGGCGCUGAGGAACCUGUUGAGGGUACUGCGCCCGUGAUCCACCUGCGGUGGUAUAAGAUUCGCACAAAGAAGAGUGGUCAGAAAUUGCCCCGUGUUGAGCUGGAUGAGAUAGGUCCCAAGUUCGAUUUCAAGAUCGGCCGUAUCCGUGAAGCGGAGCCAGAUGCCAUGAAAGCGGCGAUGAAGCAAGGCAGGAAGCCGAACGAGGAAAGAACAAAGAAGAACAUCAGCAUGGAUUCCAUCGGUGACAAAGUCGGCAGAGUGCACCUGGGCAAGCAGGAUCUUGGUGGUCUGCAGACGAGGAAGAUGAAGGGUCUCAAGAGACGCGCUGGAAUCGAUUCUGACGACGAAGGCGACGCUGAUAUGAUGGAUGUGGACGAGGUCUCAGAUGACGAGGGAAGAAAGAGAGCGAGAACAGGCUAGAGCCCACAUAUGGGACUCGAUUCUGUUUCUUAGCACGGCGUUAUGGUUGGUUUGGGCCACGCGGAAAAAUAGUUUCACUGUUUGUCAUACUAGGGUACCUGUCCAGAUGAUGCAUAUCGACCUUUCCCGAAUUAUAAAAGCAUGCUUU